CUCUUUCUUUUAUAGGUAGUAUAGACAAUGGCUUUGAAAGAAUUCACUGUGGCAGAAAUCACCAAGCAUCAAACUGCUGAUUCUUGCUGGGUCAUUUAUAAAAAUAAGGUCUAUGAUGUGACCGAGUUUUUAGAAGGCCAUCCGGGUGGAGAUGAUCUUAUUCUUGACUAUGCUGGUAAAGAUGUGACUGAAGUGAUGAAGGAUGUGCUUGAACAUGAACACUCAGAAUCAGCAUAUGAAAUACUGGAGGAAUACUGUAUUGGCGUAGUCAGCAAACAACUAUCACUCCAUGAACAACGUAUGCAAUUAUUAGAGGAAGAAGAGGAAAGCAAGACAUUUGGCAAAGAAGAUUUUAUGCCUCAUGAGACAGACAUCACAUCUGAUGUUAAAAACAACCAGUUUCUGGAUUUAAGCAAGGCACUUGUCCCUCAGUUGAUUCGUGCUCGUUAUACAAAGGAAUUUUAUCUUGAGCAGGUUCAUAAGCCUCGUUACAUACCCACGUCUGCUAUCUUUUUUGGGCAUCCUCUGCUUGAGCCACUCACAAAGACGGCUUGGUAUGUUGUCCCUACUGUCUGGAUUCCUUAUGCUUCCUAUCAAUUACACCAGUCAUUAGCUUAUGGUAAUAUGAAGGGCACAGGAUUAUCGUUUGGUUUGGGUAUGCUUAUCUGGACUUUACUUGAAUAUUUGCUUCAUCGCUUCUUUUUCCAUUUGGAUGAUAUGUUACCUGAUCAUCAAGCUGCUUUUGUCCUGCAUUUUGUGAUUCAUGGUUUUCAUCACUAUCUACCUAUGGACAGACUUCGUUUGGUCAUGCCACCCACGUUGGCCAUCAUCAUUGCAUACCCUCUUGUCAGCCUUGGUCAUUUCUUGUUCCCUCCUAUGAUGGCUCAUGGUGUUAUUGCUGGCGGCUUUAUAGGCUAUGUCUUGUAUGACUGUGUUCACUAUUAUCUUCAUCAUGCCAAAGUAUUCAAAUACCAUUUUAGAGAAAUGAAAAAGUAUCAUAUGGCUCAUCACUACAAAAACUAUGAAGGUGGCUAUGGUAUUACUUCUAAAAUUUGGGAUUAUUGCUUUGGUACUGAAUUGAAAUAUGUGAAUUAAAACUACUUAUAACUUUGUAUUUUUCCUUGUAAUCUUAAUGUAAUAAACUUUUUAGAACAGAUCAAACUUUUAUGAUGUAAUUGAUCUUCCCUCUCAC